GCAUUAUCUUUUUUUCCUCUGGCUCUGGCCAACAACUGACUACUCUGAAUACCCUUUACAUCCUUUUCCCUCCAGUAUCCUUCAUUUCAGUGAAACGAUAGAAUGUCCGACACGUGGACCGAGAUCCAGGAACACAAGCGCCGUCAGGAAAGAUUUCGUGAUCGUCUUCAACGGCGAAUGAGGGAUCGCCAAGGAAGAGGUGUAGAAGACAAUGAUUCAUCAGGUACUGAUGCACCUCAACCAGAUAGAACAGAGUCCAUCCCAACAGAUCAGUCUUCUAGUGCAAAUAAACAGGCUGAUAAAGUUUUAAAAGUGGAUCCUUUGCUGGAAAACAAUCUUCUCGAGUGUCUGUGUGAUCCUUCCUUAACUUUCCCAAUAGAUUCUGUUCAACUGACAAAUUCUCUUUCCGCCGAGGUAAGCAUUUCACUAGUCUUGCCAUGUAUGACUUGUCCACAACUGAAGUGUUUCUAA